UGGGGGGUAACCAUGAUCAGGCAGGUGAGCUGUAAGCCCAGCUCCACUCUUGGGCCCUCAGUAAAACAGUAACUUUAAAGGAAAUGAAAUAGCCAGUGCUGAAGGGGGUCGUCCUCUGGAGGGUCGUAAGAGAGGGGAAAGGAUUAGUGGCUGCAGCCUUGCUAAAAAUAUUCCGCACUAAUAACGCCGUUCUCAACUGAUUCCUCCCACCCCCACCCGCCUAGCCCUCCAUCAACGAAAACCUCACCUAACGACCUCGCUCCAACCUGGGAAAAAACCCUGAGCAAAAGAGCUUCUCUGAGAAAAAAUUGAGGUACGCUAACUUUUAUUCUCAUUGUUCUUACAAAAAAAGCUUAACUGGUUGUAGAGAGAGAAAAAAAGAUUGGGUUAAAUAAAGGCAGGUUUAAAUGUUGGCGAUUCUUUUAAAACUCUUCAAAGUUUAUAAAUCCCUUUCCUGUGUAUGGUUCUGGCUUGUUUAGUAAGCUCAGCAGAAGCAAUUUUUCACUCGUGAACUCUGCUCAAUUUAUGCUAAAAGCGUCAUCGAGCAGAGAGUUCAAUACGUUUUUCAAAAGAUUAUCAGUCCUUCCUCCACUUCACUUUCUCUCUCUCUCUCUCUCCCCCCAUCCUUUAUUUAUUAAAUUUGAUUAGAUUUGAAAAAGAGGAGGCUGCAAAACACCAGAUAGUUGUAUCUGGCAGCUGUCCCUCUGGUUUCUAACCCCCUUUCAUAUUUUGCUCAGGGUUUUUCUUCAUGCAUACUGUACAGACCACCCUCACUCUGAAGAAGGGCAGCAGAGAUGCCCAACUCCAUCCUUCCCUGCCCCCUGCGAGGGCAAGGUUGGCAGAGGGGGUUUCAACUGUCCCCCCAAAGAGGCCGAGGGUCCAUGGCGGGGACCAGACUGUGCCCGAGGUGCCCCUGGUUGUGGAGGGUGCCCAGGCGCCUGCUUUUCUCAGGAAGCUGAAGAAUGCAGCGAUAGGCACUGGCUGUGACAUCAGGCUGAAGGUGGCAGUGACAGGGUGCCCCGUACCCACACUGGCCUGGUACAAGAAUAACCACUGCCUGGCACAGGAGAGCGGGGAGUACGGGGCGCUGUGGAUCCGGGAUUGCAAGCCCACCGACGCUGGGGUCUACACCUGCAUCGCUCGGAACUGCGUCGGAGAAUCCCAGUCUUCAGCUGUGCUGGCUGUGUUGGAAUUGGAAGACUCGGAGGAAUGUGGCGAAGAGGAAACGUUUGAAACACAGAAAGUGGAAGCUUCGGAGGGAUAUCCCCACCAUCAGCAUGCUGCUGUCCAAAGAGAGCCGACAGAAGGAGAAUUGCGGAAUUUGACGGACACGAGCCGGGACAGCACACCCUCCUCGCUGCGGACUGCCCUCGAGCAGCUGGCACCGUCCGAACACCCGAGUGCAGGUCAAUCACCAGCCGAGAGCCAGAGAGCGCUGGCAGGAGGAGGAGAGGUCGACGAGGAGGAGCGCAGUGCCAGCCGUGCCCACGGGUGCCCACCCUGGGAGGUCGCCAGGCAAGCUGACACACCGCAGUCCCCUGAUGCUCAGAUCAGGCACCUUGGGGUGGAGCCACUGAUUCGCGCAUCUCGUUCUAAUCUGGCCUAUAGUAGCUGGGGUUCAGAGGACAGUCUGUCUGUCUCUAGCGAUGUGUAUGGGAGCAUGUUCAGCUUGUACAGAGGGAAAGCCUUAUCAAUACCCGCGGACCUCUGUGAGAACACCUCGGGCAGGAGCCCACUGGAACACCCCAUCGAGCCAGCCCCCAGGUUGGAUACCAUGGCCCAGAACCAAGGGGCUUCUAGAGCCUCGGGCCUACCGCCCACAUCUCUCAAAACCAGGCCGGCCAGCCCCAAAGCCUCGCGGGUCAGCCUGGCCCAGCCGAUAACACCGCUCACUCCUCGCCGGAAGCUCAGCAUGCCGUCGGAAUACCGGGACACCGUGCCGGCAGAGUUCCAGGACAAAGCCAAGAAACCCAAGGUGGCGGCCGGGGGGAACAGUCCACUCCCAGCCCGGAGAUCCAGCUCGGGAGACGCUUCUCCCGCCCAUUCGCGCUCUGGGUCCUGGGCCUCGGACAGGAUGAGGUACCUGGAGACAUUCCCGGAGCGGCGGCGGAGUUUCGAGUUGGCGGACGGUCAGCCGUGGCCCGGUUUCCGGAAGUGGCGAUCCUUCGACCACACCGAGCAGCGGGAGGGCAGGCUGCGGCCAUCUCUGUCCGAGAUGCUGGACAGCGAGGGGCGGGGAGGCCUGAGGGCGGAAGGCGGAGCAGGGGCCGAGGCGAAACGCUCGCUGUUCCGGCAGAAAGCAGCAUCUUUUGAUGAGCGGGGACGGUAUGCUUCCAGGGCCCGGGACGUCGAGCUGAAGAUCUCGGAGGAGCUGAGCCGAAUCAAAAAGACGGCCAUGAGCUCGAUGGUGGCUAGGCCUGUGCUGAGGUCCCCAGUACUGGAGCGCGCUGUCAACCGUGAGCUGUCCUCACGGAAAGCCGCCAGCUCUAAGUGGGCCCCGAACCCCCCAGGAGAGGUACCUCGGGGGCUAGAGGGGUCACGGUCAGACGGCUCACAUAAACCUCUGCAAUGGGGCGUUGCCACGGCGAGGGGGCAUGACCAGGAUCCUGAGCCAGGCAAGGCCGAAGCACGAGAUCCCGCUGUCAACCAUCUGGACCAGGAGCACUCCGGAUCCCCCGGUCAACAAUCCCCAUCCCGGCCUCCGGGCGCCCCUCAGCCUGUCGUGGAGACGGUCGUGAAGAUCAGGUCUGCUCCUGAGGGCCGCGCUCUGGUUACCGCCCCUGCCCUGCCCUCGCUGCCCGGGUGGAACGCCAAAUCCUCGCUGCCCCUCCCCAAGGAGGCCGCGGACUGGCGCAGGGGGAGGCCGGAGCUGGGAGACGCUGCCCCGAGGCUAGGCCUUGCACCCCUCAGCCCAGCCUGCAUGACACCCCCCAGACCCCCUGGCACUGCGCCCGGUGAGGGAAUGAGGAGCCCGGAGCCAGACCACAUCGGGGCCGACUCCACUAUGGAUUUGAAAGAAGAUGGUGCCGCCCUAGCUCGGGAGAAAUCCGGCCGGAAAACUGCCAGAGGGAAAUCUAAGAAAUCCCGCCCCACUUCGCCGGAGCUGGAAUCCUCAGAUGAUUCUUAUGUCUCAGCUGGUGAAGAUCCUUUAGAGCCGCCAGUAUUCGAGAUUAGUAUCACCGACUCACUGGUCACAGUGGGGGCAUCGGUCCUUCUGAAAUGUAUCAUCACCGGAACACCAAUGCCUGAAGUUGUCUGGAAGAAGGAUGGUGAGGUCCUAAAAUCGAGCCAGACGCACAUGCUGAAGGCAGAGGGAGAGAGACACACCCUGUACAUCCCCUCGGCGACCACCCUGGACGGGGGCCUGUACUCGGUCAGCGCGGCCAAUGAAGUGGGACUGGCCAGCUGCUGUGCCUCUGUUCAGGUCCGAGUAGACUCCACGGCAGACCGGAAAUCAUUGCCCCUCCCCACGGAGCUGUACAGUCCCAUCACAUCAGAUGAGGAGUACCUGAGCCCCCUGGAAGACCCCAUCGAUUUGACAUACAAGGGGAAACAGGCCCUGAGGCUGCCAGAGAGCCAACCCAGUGUCAUAGAGACCCACUUCAGAGCUCCGCCCAGCUUUCAGGUUUCCCUGAGUGACCAGGUUGCAGUGGAAGGACAGAACAUCAGUCUGACUGUGUGUGUGCUCGGACAGCCCAAGCCAAUCAUUUACUGGCUGAGAAACCGCGAGCCGGUGAAAAGCGACAGCCGGCACUACGUGCUGGAGGGGCAGGAGGGAAGGUUCCAUUUGAACAUCGUGGCUGUUCAGAGGGAAGAUUCCGGAAUGUACUCCUGCAAAGCCAUCAACGAGUACGGAACGAAACAGUGUGAAGGCAAGCUGGAGGUCAAAGUGCGACGUGAGGACCAGGCACUGACCAUCCUGGCUCCGUGCCGGGAUAUUACAGUGAACGCCGGUGAGUCUGCCUGUUUGGAGUGUGAGGUGCGGGGUCCUCCUGACGUUGAUGUCGACUGGCUGACCAAUGAGAAGCUGGUCCAACCCGCACUGCUCAACUGCAAAAUGCACUUUGACGGCAAAAGAUGUAAACUCUUGCUUAAGUCAGUACACGAGGACGACUCAGGAGUGUAUACCUGCAAACUCAGCACGGCCAAAGAUGAGAAGACAUGUAGUGCCAGGCUGACAGUGCUGCCCUCAGUCUCCCCGCUCUUCACCAGGAAGCUCGAGGAUGUCUUUGUGAUCGAGGGCAGGACGGCCCACCUCGACGUGAAAGUGAGCGGGACCCCCCCGCCCACCAUCACCUGGAUGCACUACGGUGAGCGGGUGGUGGAGACGGAGGAGGUACGUAUCGUGAGGGACCAGGGUUUACACUCGCUCGUCAUCCUCCACGCAGCCAGUGACAAUGAGGGAGAGUACGCUGCCAUUGCCCAGAACCCCCACGGGGAUGCCUUCUGCUCCGCCGACCUCUACGUAGAAGAGCCACGCCCAGUGGUCUCCUUGCCAAUGGCCAAACUAGAAAAGAUGCCAUCGAUCCCUGAGGAACCAGAAGUCCCAGAGAACGAGACAGAGCGUUUCACCAUGCCGGACUUUAUCAAGCCCAUCCAGAACGUGGAGGUGACGGAAGGCAAGGAUGCGGUGCUCGAGUGCCAGGUUACGGGGCUGCCCUAUCCUGCCAUCACCUGGUAUCACAAUGGCCACAGGCUGGACAGCACAGACGAGAGGAGAAUGACACAGUAUAAAGACAUCCAUCGUCUGGUCAUUCGCUGUGCUGACCAUUCUCACGCAGGCGUUUAUAAAAGUGUCAUAGCCAAUAAGGUGGGGAAGGCCACAAGCUACGCCCACAUAUUCGUAUCUGAUGUGAUCCCAGAUACUCCCAAUGGCCCAGCUGUGGUCUCCGCAGUGACCGGCAGGACAGUGACCCUCCAGUGGAACAAACCCAAAAAACUCGACCCAUCGAUAGAUCCUGCCACGCUGACCUAUGUUAUUCAAAGCCAGGUGGUGGGGACUCAUCAGUGGCACGUCCUGAAAACCAACGUCAGGGAGACCAGCUACACCGUCCAGGGCCUGAACAAAGGCAGUGUGUACCUCUUCCGGGUCCAGAGUGCAACAUCAAAGAGCUGCAGCAAGCCCUCCCCCGUCUCAGAGCCCAUUAAACUCCUGGACAGAGGUCCCUAUCUGGAGGAAGCUCCUUGUUUUACUGACAAGCCAGAUGAAGUGUUUGCUGUGGAAAACCAGAGCAGCUGCAUUACCUGCACCCUGAAUUAUGUGCAGGCAGAAGUCUCAUGGACAAGGAAUGGCGUGGAAUUGACCAACAAACCUCGGAUCUAUGAGCUGUGCAUGCCCGAUGAUGACCAGCACAUGCUGAAGAUUGUGAAAGUUGGAAAGGCUGAUGUUGGAGAGCUGAUGGUCACAGCUAGGAACAAACAUGGAGAAGAUUCCUGUCGAAUAGCUCUGCUCCUGGCAGAGGCCCCCCGGUUUGAGUCCAUCAUGGAAGACAUGGUGGUGAGCCCAGAGGAGACAGCGAGGCUGGCUGUGGUGGUCGAAGGGAAACCGUUACCAGACAUUCUCUGGUUCAAAGAUGACGACAUACUGGUGGAAAGCAACCAUUUGUCAUUUGUUUACGAUGACAGUGAGUGCUCACUGGUCAUUCUCAACACCACCGAGUCCGACAGUGGGGUCUACACAUGUACAGCCACAAACUUGGCCGGAGAGGUCUCCUGCAAAGCUGAGCUCACCAUUCUGAAAGGGAAAACUGGGAAUGAUGAACCCAUGGAUGAUGAGGAUACGAUCUUACGAAAAAUGAGGCUGUUAUCUGAUUAUUACGACGUGCACCAGGAGAUUGGGAGGGGUGCGUUUUCGUGCGUCAAACGGGUCACAGAGAGGAGCAGCAAAUUAGACUACGCUGCCAAGUUCAUUUCCUUCCGUGCCACCCCCCGGGACGAUGCGGUGAGGGAGCUCGAGAUUCUGUCCCAGCUCGAUCACGAGAGGAUUGUCUUCUUCCACGACGCUUUCGAGAAAAAGAGCAGCAUCGUUAUUGUACUGGAGCUCUGUACUCAGGAGGAGCUGUUUGAUCAUCUGGUGAAGAAACAGUGUGUCCUGGAAACCGAGCUGCGAUUAUAUAUCCGUCAGAUCCUGGAGGGAGUCAGCUACCUCCAUCAGAACAGCAUCCUUCAUCUGGACAUCAAGCCAGAAAAUAUCCUCAUGGCAGACGCAGCAAGCGAGAGCAUCCGGAUCUGCGACUUUGGCAAUGCUCAGGCAGUGACUCCGGGAACGCCGCAGUUCUGUCGGUUCGGAACUCCGGAAUACGUCUCCCCGGAGAUUGUCAAUCAGGAGGCAGUCUCAAACGUCACCGAUAUCUGGCCUGUGGGAGUCAUCGCCUACAUUGGCCUGACUGGGAUCUCCCCGUUUCACGGCGAGAAUGACAAGUCCACAUUGUUUAACGUGAGAAAUUACAACGUGGCUUUCGAGGAGAACAUGUUUGUGAGCCUGAGCCGAGAAUCCAGGGGAUUCGUCAUCACCCUCCUGGUGGACAGCGCACAGAGACCGUCUGCGGAUGAGUGUCUGCAACACGCCUGGUUUUCUAGUAUCUUUACCGUGAAGGGGAAGGUGAUUAACACUGAGCAGCUGAAGAUCCUGGUGUCCCGUCGACGAUGGCAGUGUUCUCUGAUCAACUAUAAAUCCUCGAUGGUGAUGAGGUCCAUCAACGAGCUCCUGGAGGACACAACCGGCCACACCCACAUUGGGAUUCCCAAACACCUGAGUGAGAAUCGCCUCACAUCUGUACUGUCCUCCUCCUCCGACUCCGAUGACAUCGAGGAGUUCCCCUUUAUCCCAAAGCCCCUGCAGCCUGAGCUCCUGUCUAGUCGGCUCCCCCUGCAUCAGCUCCGGCACGACCACGCCACGGCGUCGGCCGCACAGAACGGGCUCAGCCUGGCGGCCGGCGAGGUGCCAGCGGGCGAGCGACGGGCAGCUCUCAGCCCCUCGCCCAGGAAGAGCAAAGAGGAACUGGAGCAGAGCCAGGCCAGGAGGAAGGAGAACGGGGAGGUCAAACUAGAUGGGACGGGCAAAACUCGCCCAAAGGUGCCAAGGAAGAGAUCGACAGACGUUGAACCCCCGGAAUCGUCCUCGGACGAAGACUCCGAGGCUCAAAGGAAGUCUGGAGCACCCAGGCGGAGUCUCCGGAAGGGAGUGAGCAUCGACACCCCGGAUUCUCUGCGGGCAGAAGCCGCGUCCAGGAGGGGUGAGUUCCGAAGGGGCAGUUCCGCCGACUCUGCCCUGGCCCUGCUGGGCGCUCAGGAAAUGGGGGAAGGCGCGGGCAAGAACGAGACCGGGAAGCAGGCCGACGUCCCAGGCAGGCUGAAGAAGUCGAUGUCCAUGGAGCUUCCCAGGAGGAGCCCGAGCCCCGGGAGAUUGGAUGACUUGGCCGCUCAGAGGCGCAAGGGAGCUGUUCCCCAGGAGGACUACGCGCUGAAGCUCGAGCUGAUGAGGCAGCGCCUCCUACGGGGUGGCUCCGUCGACAGCAAGAUGAGCGGCCUGCGGGGCCCACUUCUGGAACACUUGGGAAUCCCGGAUGAGCCCAAGCAGCGCUCCUCAUCCCUGGAACGACAUUCCCUCCGGCCACCAAGACCAGAAAAGGUGUCUGCCCAGCCCAGGUUGGCCAGGGCAGUGUCCAGUGACACUGCCCCCAGCGAGGAGCCCUCUGAAGGCCAUCUCCUGAGGAAGAGUGCAUCAUUCUCCCAGGGGGGGGAAUCCACUGUCCUCCACCGGCCAGUGGGGGCCCCAUUGGAAAUCCCCGUCCCCCAGCUGGAUUCGCGAGGCUACGCCGAGCCCUCCUUUCCCCUGAAGGAAUCGCCCUCACUCUCGGCUUUGACUGAUCCCUCCAAGUACGAUGGCUCCAGGCCCCCGACACCAGUCAGGUCCACCAUCAGCAAGGACCAGAGAGCAGCCACGCCUGAGAUUAAGAUGGCAGAGGAGCUGAGGUUGGAAGUGGAAGGGCCUUGCAUGAAGACAAUGAUUGGAAAGACCGCUGUCAUCACCCACAGUAACCUGUCAGCUGACACCCCCGCCCCCAGCUCCAGCCCUGCCUCCGAACCCCUCCAGGUAGAUGACCUGUCUUCGGUGACUCCUACAGUCCCAACCACCUCCCGAGGGGAAUGGUCAAGGCCAUCGCUGCCCGCCGGGGGCAAACUCCGAGCCUCUGCCCCCCCAGCUCCCCCAGCAACCGGACCCCUCCCAGUCCUGGAGCCUCCAGGCAUCCCCACUCUAUCCACUAAGGGGGCAGUGGACACAGCUACGACCCCGGAAGGUGUAGCCGAGAGGCCUGAAGACAAGGCCCCGGUCUCCCCUGACAGCAGCCAACCCCUGGUGACCAGUCAGGCUCCCGGAGACGGUGUUAAGGCCCUCAUCCUGGUCCCCCAGCUGGACGGAGCCCCAGUGGGGCAGGGGGAGCAAAACCAGAUCAGUCCGAACCAGGAAGCCAUCCCCCCACCAAUGAAAGUCAAGUCAUCGAGCUUGGGCCAGUUCUUGAAUAUUGAGAACAUUGAAUCUGAGGAGGUCUUUGAGGCAAAGUUUAAGAAGGUGAAGCAGCAAUCGUCAUUGACCCGAAGUCUGAAACAUCUGAUAAGACCCAAAUCUGAGGAGAAAUUGGGGCAACCCCCCCAUAAAGGAGACAACAUGUAUCGCCCAGCAGAACGAGGGGCACCUAUACAGGUCCUGAAGGGGCAAGAGGCUUUACUCAGCUACAGAGAGGACAAGUCCAGGUCCAGGUCUGAGCAGAACAUUCCAGAAGCUGCAAAGGAAUCCAGCUUUGUCAGGAAGCUGUCGCUGAGGUUCAAGGGGACACCAGGAAAGGAGGAGAAGGCGCGGGAUGAGCUGCCGGUCAGUGGCCGUAAACAUUCUUGGUCCUUUGGGAGAAGCAGUGCGAAGGAUAGGAAGCCGGAGGAGGGGGCGGAUUGGGAGAGAGGGAAGCUGGAGCUCGGCUCCCCUCAGAGUGAGUCCGAGCCCCUCAGGAAGGAACACAAGAACUCUCCAGCCCUGACCAUGAGGAGGAAGAUCGAGUCAACCAUCUCAGGCAUCUCUCUCCGGUUCAGUCACAGCCACUCAGAGGAGAGGGUGGAAGGCAUUUCCUCAGAGCCCGGGGCUCCCGCUCUGCAGGAGGCAAAGGAGGGCAAGCGGGGGCCCUUCCUGUCUCUGCUGAGGAGGUCGACCUCAGAGGCAGGGUCGCUGAAGAAGCUGGGCAUCCCACAGAACCAGCUGGCAACGCAGACUCGCCCGACACCCUCCUCAGAGUCACUGCAGUCAGACACCAGUGUCUCUAAACCUGAGAGAGCAUCUGCUCACGGUGAGCGAAGGUCACAGUGGGAACGAUGGGGCUUCCUGAGAAUGAGAAGAGACAAGGCGAUAUCACAACCUAAUAUCUCUCUGGCUGUGGCCUCUGAGGAAGCUUCAAUGGUCUAUCACAGAAGUGCUUCAGAUUUCCCUCCCGUCUUCCAUGUUAAACUUAAAGACCAGGUGCUGCUUGAAGAUGAUUCCUUAACUCUCUGUAGUUUACCGGCAGGAAGCCCCACUCCGACUGUCAUCUGGUCAAAAGACCAGCACCCGCUCGUGCCGGAUGACAGGAUCAUGAUCGUGUCGUGUCCUGAUGGCCGCCAGCUCGUGACCGUGGCGAAGAUGUCGCGAGACGACACCGGCGUGUACGAGUGCUCAGCCACCAACCCCCUGGGGUCAGCCAGUAGUUCUUGCACCGUCUCCCUCGCUCGGCUCCCCGGGAGGCCAGGACCCCCUGAAAUCCCUCAAGUGUACAAGAACACAGCCCUCAUCAUUUGGAAACCAGCAGAAGCCCUCAGCCCUUGCACCUACACAUUGGAGCAGAAACUUUCUGGAGAGGACAGCUGGAAGGUUCUCUCAGCUCAAAUUACCGACUGUUUCUUCAACGCCACCGAGUUACCUAGCGGCACCCUCAGGUUCCGAGUGGCUUGUGUUAACAAGGCUGGCCAAGGCCCGUACAGUCAGACCUCAGACAGGGUUGUUAUCGAGGAGGAGAGACCAGUUACAGAGCAACACUCUCCACCUGCUCCCACCAUCUCCUCAGUGCCAGUCUAUCCCACAAAAGUGACACCAGCCCAUGACCCAGGACCCCCAACCAUGACCUCCCCAUUGACUGUGACCCCAACCUCCUCAAAGUUCACCCCUGCCCCAAAGACAGUGACCUCUGCCCGAACUGCGACCUCUGCCCCAACACCGAGCCCUACCUCAAUAGUGACCCCUGCCCCUACAGUGACCCUAGCCCCAAAGACAGUGACCUCUGCUGUAACUGUGACCCCUGCCCCAACACCGAGCCCUACCUCAAUAGUGACCCCUGCCCCUACAGUGACCCUAGCCCCAAAGACAGUGACCUCUGCUGUAACUGUGACCCCUGCCCCAACAUCUACCCCUACCUCAACGGUGACCCCUGCCCCUACAGUGACCCCAGUCCCAAAGACAGUGAACCCUGCCCCUAAGACUGUGACCCCUGCACCUAUGGUGACCCCUACGCCAACAAAGUUCAAGUCUGUGACCAGCUCCCCCGUAACUCCAUCAGUCUCUCUGUUGGCAGCUGCCACUCAACCCGUCUCUCCAGCUCGUGAUGUUGCCCCUGCCCCGAGCAUCUCUCCGGUGGGAUCGGACUCUUCAUUGACUCCUACCAGGCUGUCCCCCAACUCCAGGCUGGCCGAUGGUUCCACCAUGGGACUGAGGCAGGGUGUCCCCCAGAAACCCUACACGUUCAUGGAAGAGAAGGCCAGGGGACGCUUUGGCGUGGUCCGAGAGUGUAAGGAAAAUGCCACCGGGAAAAUUUUCAUGGCCAAGAUUAUUCACUACGAGGGAGAGAACAAGCAGACGGUGCUCCAGGAGUAUGAGGUCCUGAAGGCUCUGCAUCAUGAGAAGAUCAUGUCUCUCCAUGAAGCCUACGUCACGCCUCGAUACCUGGUGCUGAUCUCAGAAAACUGUCUGGGCAAGGAAAUACUCUACAGCUUGAUUGACAGGUUCCGAUACUCUGAGGAUGAUGUUGUCAGCUACAUCCUGCAGAUUCUCCAGGGUCUUGAGUACCUGCACGGCCGACGCAUUGUUCACCUGGACAUUAAACCGGACAAUGUCAUCGUCACCUACCUCAACAUCAUCAAGCUGGUGGACUUUGGCAGCGCCCAGUUCUUCAAUGCUACUGUGCCGAAACCUCUGGGUCGCCGAGUGGGCACUCCGGAGUACAUGUGUGAGUCUUACACUGAGGCCUGA